CCCAAACCCACACAGGCCACGCUCGCGGCACCCCCAACCCCGGCGGCACCAGACGCCGUCCGUUCCUCCUUCCACCUCGCUCCGGCGCUUCUUCUUCUUCUUCUUCUUCUUCCUCCGCUCUACCGGGCUGCCACCGGAGCGAAGAUCCACCCGGACGCGUCCCGGGCCCUCUCCUCCUCACCCGACCGAUCUCUUUCUCCGACCUAGGUCCUAUCAGCCGCCGCCGCAUCACCUCCGACGCCUCAUCGCAUCUCUCACCCGCGCCGACGCUCCCGUUCUACUACCUCCCCCUCAAUCUUGAACAGGCUCUCGAGAUCCGCCACCGCAUCAUGUCCUCAGAGGAGCUGGGGGCGAGCCUGUCAGAUUUGGCUCUGGGCUCGCGAGCUCCGACGGCCGGCCAAGUCGGUUCUUCGGGUGGCCCGUCGUCCGACGGGGGCACGCAGGUCACUUGCUUCACGGAGGACCUGCACGACGUCACGCUCCAUUUUCAGAUCAUCAGGUUCUCUAAACAGAUCUAUGCAUGGGUAGGAUGCAACUCUGCAAAGUUUGGCCAUUUAUAUGCUGCUGCAAGCACUCGCCCGGGUAACGGAGUGAGUGUCACAUCUGUACUUGGAGGAACGUCUGAUAAUACUGGAUUAAGCAUGGCCCGCCGCUUAGUGCUGAAGACAGGUCUAAAUAUAGUUCUAGCGUGUAACAUUCCGAAAGACAGCCCCAUGCUUGAGGCCGCUGCGGAGAGGAAACUUGUAGAGAAGCUGAGAACUUUAGGCUAUAUCAGAUCCAAACCAGGAGAGGCCAACACUUCCACAACAGCCUAAUUGAUACUUGUGAGCUGCCAAGUCACUGGUAGAGAAAGUUAGCAUGCUUUGUAACCGUUAUGGUGCUUUGUUUAGUUGAUUGGACAUGACACUAAUGUGUUCGAAACACUUUGAACGCCUAGUAAAUCCUCAAUGGGGUCUUUACUGUGUAGGCACAUGGUGCGCGAUUUACAACUGCUGCAUGUUCACAGAAUUAUCAAAGCAUGUCUGAUGCGAUACUUUGAAUGCAA